AUGACUGGAAACAAUAAAAAUAAUACUUACGUGAUAAGUUGCCGAUCGUUUCUUCUGUGUAUACUUACAUUCGUUGUCAGUACGAAUUGUUUCAAAUUCACUAACGAUAAAAUUCUUACAAAUGUCGGAUCAGAUGUCAGAGAGUUUCCAACUUUAUUGGUCGGUAAGAAUAAUAACAAUUAUUAUUAUAUCAAUAUAACGUUUGGUACACCUGGACAAUUACAAACGUUGGCAUUGGAUACAGCAAACCCAUAUAGUUGGGUAUUAUCAGGAGAAGAAGAUAGUCAAUGUGGUAAUCGUUCAAAUUGUGAAGAUACAACGUUAUAUUUGCGAAAUGAAUCAUCUACAGCUGUAGAUAUUAACCCCGGCGAAACAUAUAGUCUGAACUUUAUUGAAGGUAUUGAGGUUAAUGGAACCGCAGUAAGUGAUGUAUUAACUUUCCCUAAUAUUACUAUCUUAACAGAUGAUGAUUCCUCUAUUGUGAGUCCUUUCACAAAAUCAAUACACAACACUACUACUAACGUGACAUUUUCUAAUAGUUAUUUGAAAAUCUCCCAACCUUACUUCCUCAAUGUUAAUGAAUCGAGUAAUCUAUAUUCGGGUGUCCUAGGGCUUGGUGGUUUGAUCACAUAUCCGGGAAACGCUAUUGACUAUAGGAAUUUUGAUAAUGAUGAAUUUUAUUUUAUGAAAAGUUUAGUGGAUGCUAAUAUUAUUGAUAGUGCCAGUUAUUCACUUUGGUUAAACAAUGAUUCUACUUCUGUGCAAACUUCAAUCUCGGGAAACAUGUUGAAUGAUGGUAGUGGAAGAUUGAUAUUGGGUGCAGUGGAUCCAAUAUUGUUUACGAAAGAUCUUAUUCAAUUUGAUAUGAUUCCAUUUAUGGAUACUAGUACAGGUGUAGCAAGUACAGGGUAUCCGAUUUUACCAAUGGGUCCCAUCUAUAUUACCAACGUUGAUAAAGAAAGUCUCAACAUGACCUCCAAGGAUUAUUUGGAACCCGUAUUGAUUGAUUCUAGUUUUGUGGGUAGUUAUUUACCUGUAAGUACAAUUAUUCAAAUUGCUAUCCAGAUCGGUGCUACUUAUGUUGAAUCUCUAGAUAGAUGGUUAGUUAGAUGUGAUGUCGGUACAGUUGGAGCUCAUAUCGAUUUUACAUUUGAUGAGGUAACAAUAAAGGUUCCUUUACAGCAUUUACUAAGCACCACCUUUGAUGCCAGUGUGAAUGAAACCACACAUUUCUCAGAUGGUCAAGCAGCAUGUUUCUUGAAGCUUUAUGCCAACAGUUACAUCGGGUUCAAUGUCCUUGGGGAAUCCUUCCUGCGUAAUGCAUACUUAGCAGUGGAUUUGGAAGGUGGUACAGUUGCUCUUGCUCAGGCUAAUAGUCCUGAUCAGAUCUCCAGUAGUAUUAGUGGCAUUAGCAGUAGUAGUAGUACCAGUAGUAGUAGUACCAGUACUACAAAGGGUGCCUCUACAAACUCAAGUACCUCCGGUGUGGCCACUACUGUGCGUGCUAUUCAAUCGGGUUAUAUCCCCUAUGCUACAUACAAGAAAUAUAACGACUCAUUACUUACAUUAUAUCCAGCAAGUGUCAGUUCUUUGAGUUCCAAUAUCCCAGGUCAAUACACAGCUACUAUCUUCUCUAACGGUAUUGUGACGGCUCCUGCGAGAUCCUUCUACGACACGUCCAGAACCUCGUCAACGGCGAAGUCCUCAUCGACACAAUUCAAUAGUCUAUCGAUAAACUUGUCGAGUGCGACGGCUUCCCGUGCUGCUAGUGCUGCUGCACCAGACAAUCAUGUACCUCUACGGACAGUUUGUUCUUUCAUCUUAGACAUAUCACCACUAGGUCUCAUGACGUCGCUAGUGGGCCUCAUCGUACUGAACAUGAUCAUCUAG